CCCUUCCCGCCGCGGCGGGAGCGCGGUGUCCUCCGGCAGGGAGCGGGGCGGGGGAUCCCCCUCCUGGGGUCCCUUUUCCCGGGGAAGAUCCGGCGGCGUGGGAGCCUCCGUGGGCGCCUUCACGUUGUUCAGUGGAGCGUGAAGUACCACACGUACCGUCAGCGGCGUGAGCAGGGGCCUGGCCGGCCGAGGAGUUGCUCAGGGUGAUGAGGACAAUCGAUGACAGAAUUGUCCACGAAUUAAACACUACGAUUCCAACAGCUUCCUUUGUGGGGAAAAUUGAUGCCAGCCAGACGUGUAAAGAGCUGUACCAGUCUCUGAUGGAAGCUCACACCAGCAGAGAGCGAAUCAUCAAAAACUGCAUCGCUCAGACUUCCAGUGUAGUGAAAACUCUCAGAGAAGAGAGGGAAAAGGCCCAGGAUGACGUAGCAUUAUUAAAGCAGCUCAGGAAAGAGCAGACAAAGUUGAAAUUGAUGCAGUCGGAGCUGAAUGUUGAAGAAGUGGUAAACGACAGAAGCUGGAAGGUAUUUAAUGAGCGUUGCCGAAUUCACUACAAGCCUCCGAAGAGUCAAUGAUGUAUAUUUACCAUCAAGGUGGUCCAUAACUGUGAGAGCCAAACUGGAAAGAGACCUUGGGUGAGCUGUACUGGGACCCUCCAGAAUCAGUAGAACCCAGUCCUGUUUUGUUUUGGACCUACUUAGCUGAGAUCUCAAGGUUGAAAUGAUUCUCCUGUAAUUAAGAGUAAACAACUCAUCUUUUUGUACAAAAUAUGUGAACAAAUGAAUUUUAUAGUAUUAAAAUAAUUUUCAAAUGCAA